AGUUGCUCUUCUUUUGUAAGGGUUUUUACUUGUUCAUCUCUCCUUGUAAAUUUAAUCUGAGCAAUUGGAAUUGCAAACACCCAAACCAACAGAAUGGAUCCUAUAAAAGGCGCACCCACCCAAAGCAAUGGGUUUCGCUUGGAUUUGUUACGAUACCAAAGUUUCCAUUCAAAAAAAUUUGGCAUGGUUUCUAGAUUUGAAAAAUUGUUGAAUCCAAAAUUAGAAAUUCGUUGAACUAAGCAAUAUUCGGGCUUUUGUACGGAGGAAGACAAUUAUCAAGCGAGACAAGAAAACGAAUAUGUCAACCACUUAUGAUUCUUUUUAUCUAUUUUAAUUUCUUCUUUCUUUUUCUUCUUCCUCUAUUUUUUUGUUUAUUUUUUGUUUUUUGGGUAGGGAGAGUACAUCGAGGAAUUACAUUCUUAUGCUUGACUUUGGCUCUCUUUUCUCUUGAAACAAAAAUGAAAGGGCGAAAGAAGAAAAGGGAAAGUAGGAUGAAACGUUACAAACAACGACUGCUGUCUUCAAUUUCUUUUUUUUUUUCUUUACUCCAUUUGGAACCCAUAAAACUAUCAACAUGUAGUUCUCUGUUCCUUAGGCAAAGUUCACUUCUUUGCUACUCUGUUGAAAGAGUCGAUUAAUUGCUUUCUUUCUUUACAAAACCGUUGGAUGCUGUUCAUAUUUAAGGCCUUUUGGUUGCCAUACCUGCUCGUUCUGUACCUUCGUUCUUACAAGAAAAAUAUUAAUCUUCCAUUUAGCUUUUAUUUCUCUUCAUCCUUCUUUGAAUUAGAAAAGCAUUUCAAGCCUAUAUAUAUGUCUUUUCCAGCAGUUUUAUGUUUGUUUACUUCGGAUGUUACCUGGUGGGUUGUUACCGCUCUUACACCUGAAUGAAUGCUCCAAGAGCACCCAAAAAGAACUUGGAACGAACCAAAUGGCGACUACAAAAGCGUCUCUUGUCAAACUUAUUGUUCCUGCCGGAAAGGCAGCUCCUACUCCGCCAAUUGGUCCUGCCUUGGGUGCUCGUGGUGUGAAAAGUAUCGACUUUUGUAAAGAAUUCAAUGCGCGUACUGUAGGAUACGUUCCUACCGUUCCUAUUCCCUGUCGAGUCACAGUAACUCCCCAAAGGAAAUUCACAUUCACAAUCCAUACACCUCCUACUAGUUGGUUGAUUUGCAAAACUUUGGACAUUGAGAAAGGAUCUAGUUCAGCAAAACAUGACAUCAAAGGACAACUUAGCUUGAAACAUGUUUAUGAAAUUGCAAAUUUGAAAAGCACAGAUCCUUCUUUAAAAGGAACAGACUUGAAAUCAUUAUGUAAAAGCGUCAUUGGAACAGCGAAAAGCAUGGGGGUUCAAGUUGUUCUGUAGAAGUUUGUAAAGUGAAGCUCUUCCAUUCUACCUACCGUCUUCUUCUCCUAAGUGGAUAAAGUUUUUUCUCCUCCAAUUUUUUUUUCUGUAUAGUUUUCUGAUUUCCCACCUCUUUUUCACUCUCAUUUUGGUUCAAAACAAGUAAUCUAAAGUUUGAUGAAUAAUUAUAAUAACAAAUUCUGUUUCGAGUCUUCGAUCUCGUUUUUAAUCAAUUCAUUUCUACUAGUUUACUAAAAUUUUUGGUUUGUGAUACGGAGGUACAUAUACCUCUUCGUGUCGCGCGCACGAAUCUAUUUGCAAGCAUCACCUCUCAAGCUUUUAGAACUUUCGAUUUAUUCAUCGUAUUAUAACAAUCGCAACAAAAAUGAAAGAUAUUUAACAAACUUCAAAGAACCGAUCCAUCUACUUUUACGAUUACUCUAAAGGAAGACCAAGUUGCUUCUUUACUUCCACAACAGCAUCUCUGUCACCAGUAUUUUUCAUGAUAUCAUCACUGAUCUUGACAGCCUUGGCUCCAUUGGCACUGUGUAAUUUAAUUACGAUAUUCAUGGGUUUGCUCUUUUGGUCUGGCUUUGAAACGUGAUUAAAAUCACUGGUGAAAUUUGUACCAAUCCCGAAUGAAGACUUGAUGCCAAACUUCUUACCGUAAUUGUGCAAAUUGAUGCAACGAUCAACGUUCAAAGCGUCACUGUGAACAAUCAUUUUUGUGGAAGGGUCAAUACCUAGUGAUUGGUAAUGCUCAACAAUCCUUUCAAUGUAUUCUUCAGCAACUCCGCUGUCCUGUCGAACACCAUGAAAGACACUGGCCAAAUCAUCAGGAGUCUUUGCUGUAAAGUUCCGUAAGAAAACAUCGGUAGAGAAAGUAUCAGUGAGAGCAAUUAACAGGCUUUUACCAAAUGUCUGAACCCACUUUUCUGAAGCAACUCGAUUAGCAUCCGUAUAGUUCUUCGUAAUAGCAGCAACGCCCAUAUACCACUCAUGGGCGACGGUACCAGACACCUGCAGAUCAUACUUUUGUGCAAAAUGCACGUUGGAGGUUCCAAGAAAACGGCCAGGUCCUUCAACGUCUUGCUGAGCUUUAAUUAACCCUUGCAACAUAACAUCUUGAGCAUGGUGAUCACGACGACGACGACUACCAAAGUCUGUAAAAAAACAUCCAGCAUUUAUAAGGCGUUUUCCUUUUUCGUAAGCCUUCUCAAAUUGUCCUUCAGAGGACCAAUCGGUGUCAACGAAUUUGAAGUAGGCCUCUGAAACAAGAGCAAGCAAUGGAAUUUCAUAAAAAAUGGUGUGUUUCCAGAGUCCUUUUAUUGUAAUGGCGAGAUCCUUGGUAUCCUUAUUAUACUCGAGGAAAACCGUGUUUUCUGGAUCAAAGGCAUAGGCAUGCAUAAAUUCAUAAAAGGAAUCCUUCAAAUAUGGGCAACGAUGACGGAGCCAAGCCUCUUCCUCAGGAAGUAGCUUGAGGUUUUUCAAAUUUGAAAUCCCUUGUUUUAACCAUGCUACGGCCUCCUCGUUUAGUGCCAUUUCAGGAGAACGAUUUGUAUACACAUAGGAAACCUCAGCUGUUGGAUAAUGUUCCAACACAGCUUGCAACAUGGUCAACUUGUAAAGGUCAGUGUCUAGAAUAGAAGUCACCGCUUGUGUAGUCAUUUUUACGAAGCGAUGUCAAUUUGGUUUAAAAAAGACCGAAGAAAAUUUGGAAAAAAAGUGAUUUACUAUAGUUAUUAGCACGUAAGAAGCAUUCAACUUCAUACCAAACAAGAUAUACACCAAAAAAGGGUUAAAACACACAAUUACAAUUAGCUGGAACCGACUUGCAAUGUAUCGUAUAACGCAUCAAUUGUUU